CACCGCACACCUGCAGGUUCAGGACCUGACCUGGAACAGCGGGCCCUGCCUCCUCCUGGCGUGACGUGCAUCUUUUCAUCAGCAGAAGAAGAAGACGAGGACGGGCGCUCAGCAUGUCUGUAGGACUGGAGCUGAUCGGUAUCUCCCUGUGCAUUCUGGGAUGGAUCAUCGCCAUCGUGGCCUGCGCCCUCCCCAUGUGGCGGGUGACGGCCUUCAUCGGCAGCAACAUCGUGACGGCUCAGAUCAUCUGGGAGGGCCUGUGGAUGACCUGCGUGGUCCAGAGCACGGGGCAGAUGCAGUGCAAGGUCUACGACUCCAUGCUGGCCCUGUCCCAGGACCUCCAGGCUGCCAGGGCCCUCACCGUCAUCUCCAUCCUGUUGGCCAUCUUGGCCGUGCUCGUGGCCAUCGCCGGCGCCAAGUGCACCAACUGCAUCGAGGACGAGGCCUCCAAGGCCAAGGUGAUGAUCAUCUCCGGGGUCUUCUUCAUUGUCUCCGGGGUCAUGCAGCUCAUACCCGUGUCCUGGUCCGCCCACACCAUCAUCAGGGACUUCUACAACCCGCUGAUCACCGACGCUCAGCGCAGGGAGCUGGGGGCGGCGCUGUACAUCGGCUGGGCGGCGGCGGCGCUGCUGGUCCUCGGAGGUGGACUCCUGUGCUGCUCCUGCCCGCCCAAAGAGACCAGGUACAACAACUCACGGAUGGCCUACUCCGCCUCCCGCUCCAUGGGGGGCCCGGGGCUGGAGAGGAAGGACUACGUUUGAUCCACGCAGGAAAGACUUGACCCACGCCGAAGGGUCGGCGCGUCCGUGAAGAACACACCUGGUGUUUUUUAAAAUGUCUUCACGUUGAGAGGAUUCAUCCGUGUCGUUCUCAAAUGAGACGUUUUGUAAAAUGUGAAACGUUGCGAGCGUGCACGACUGAAAACUGCGCAUGAACCCACUUCAGGGUGAAACUCAAAGGUAAAAACAGAACCGUGUGUCGUAAACUGUGCGAGCCGUUACUCCAGAGGUAAUCCCCGUUCAUUUCUUGUAAAGGGGGAGAGAUUAGGAGAUUAUGGCGUUCAGGUGUUGAAGGCUCUCGGACGUCCUCGGCGGUUAAAAAACAGCAGCUGGAAACAUUUAACCGCUUCGGCUGUUCGGGAGUCUUUACAACGCUUCAGCUUGGGCCGAGGCAGAACAAACAAACUGCGUUCAUUUACAACUUGGUGUUUUACAUUUAACCGUCUCACACUUGUGU